GCUAAUUUGGCAGUCAACUGUAAGUCAAGCCGUCCCUAAAGAUGCCAUUUAUUCUGACCUACACUUUUUAUCUUCUAAAAUAGAGAUCUUGGAAUCCUGUCUGAAAACCCCGCCCUCUACUACUUUCUCCUGGGCUCUUAGCUCAACUGAACCUUGUUAAUACCCAGGUAUUCCACCUCCCACAUAUUAUUUUUUAUCUCAAAAAAAUAAAAAUAAAAUAAUUCAGCAGUUAAUUACUUACUAGUUAGAGAAGAUUCUUGAAUCUUGAUCAGAGGUGUAUGAACUAACAGGGGGAGUGGAACAGUAGAAGCUUCCGAACUUUUUCAACAGGUCCAUUGAGGAAAACACAAACAGAAAGGUACUUGCAUAGAAACUUGAUUCUCACUCAAGGCACUGGACUGCUCAUGUCUCCAUUCCACCAAGCUAGAAGAAAGCUCGAAAGUUCUUAGAUCAGAAAAGGGACAGUCAAGUUCCAUGGAUCGGGAGUUGUUGACAAGUCUCUGAGAUUCAAGUUUGGAUUAAGGCCCCAAAUGAAGAAGGGGCUAGCCACUAUUAGGACUCUCCUCUUCUUACUAGUCCUCUUCAUUGCCGUCAUCAUAUACUCUUUAUGGAUCGAUGCUUCUAAGUUUUCUGAUCAAAAUCUAACAAAUGUAAUAAUCUCUCAAACACACCAAACCCUGAUCAUCACUAGAAAACCCGAAUUCCCCCUAAACUGCACCAUCACAAACCAAACACAAACCUGUCCUACAAACUAUCCGAAAACAUCCAAAACAAAAGAUCAAGAAGACACAUCAUCUAAACCAGGAUGUCCAAACUACUUUCGAUGGAUUCACGAAGAUUUAAGUCCUUGGAAUGCGACAGGAAUCAGCAGAGACAUGUUGGAGAGAGCCAAAACAACAGCACAUUUCCGUCUAAUAAUUGUCAAGGGCAAAGCAUACCUUGAGAAGUACAAAAAGUCUAUACAAACAAGAGACGCAUUCACUAUAUGGGGCAUUUUGCAACUCCUGAGGAGGUAUCCGGGUAAGAUCCUAGACUUGGAGCUGAUGUUCGACUGUGAUGAUCGGCCAGUCAUCCAAUCAAGUGAUUAUCGUGGACCGAACAAGACAGGCCCGCCACCGUUGUUUCGGUACUGUGGCGACAAGUGGACCGAGGACAUUGUGUUCCCUGAUUGGUCCUUCUGGGGAUGGGCUGAGAUUAAUAUAAAGCCAUGGGAUAAAUUGCUGAUAGACCUAAAAGAAGGAAACAAUAGGAGCAGAUGGAUAGAUAGAGAACCGUAUGCCUACUGGAAGGGAAACCCCUUUGUUGCUGAAACCAGGAAGGACCUCCUUACUUGUAAUGUCUCCGACCAACAAGACUGGAAUGCUCGCCUGUUCAUCCAGGACUGGAUCCUUGAAUCCCAGCAAGAAUUCAAGCAAUCAAACGUGGCAAACCAAUGCACACACAGGUACAAGAUCUAUAUCGAAGGAUAUGCAUGGUCUGUAAGUGAGAAAUACAUUCUAGCUUGUGAUUCUGUUACGUUGCUUGUAAAACCACAUUACUACGAUUUCUUCACGAGAAGUCUGAAACCUGGGGAGCACUAUUGGCCUAUUCGUGAAGAUGAUAAAUGCAAGUCCAUUAAAUUUGCUGUAGAUUGGGGCAAUAAACACCAACAAAAGGCACAAGCAAUUGGGAAAGCAGCAAGUGAUUUCAUUCAAGAAGGGUUAAAAAUGGACUACGUAUAUGACUACAUGUUUCAUCUCCUAAAUGAGUAUGCCAAGCUUCUGAGAUUUAUGCCACAAGUGCCCGAAGGAGCUGCUGAAUUGUGCUCGGAAAUUAUGGCCUGCUCUGCUGAUGGGUUCGAGAGAGAAUUCAUGAUGGAAUCAUUGGUAAAGGGUCCUUCUACUACAAGUCCAUGCACCAUGCCUCCUCCUUACAAACCCCUCGUCCUAGGAGCCUUUUACAGGAAGCAAUUGAAUGCAGCGAGGCAGGUGGAGAAAUGGGAAAAUGGAUAUUGGGAGAAUUUGAACAAGAAGCAAUUGGGGCGCAAAUAAAUUCUUGCUAGCUCCAUGUCACGUUUAUAUUGCUAUUGGAUGUUGUAAAAAUAUUUGUCAUAACUCUAUGGUAUUCGAUCGUGAGGUAUGACUAGGAAUGUUAGAGCAUUUCGAAUACUAGAAUAUUACCAAAUUUACCAGUGAAAUUAAGAUAACUAGGAUCGAGCAUGAAAUAAUAGAAAGGGAGGAUAUUAUUCAUA